CACUGGCGAGUGUGGUUUCACACUGACUUUUGAUACCAUACGCUUAUUGGUUAAUGGUCACGUGACCUUGGAUGAUCCAAGGGCGAUGAGAUCUACAGUUUAUUUCAUUUACAGGUCGCGAUGAGUAUCAGUAGCAGGUUGGAAUUGCAGUGAUUUCUUGGCAGAUCUGUGGGAAAACAUUCAUGCCCAGGAACAUCACCUUUCUAUUAUGCAUUCACUUAUUUUUAAUAGACGCAUUGAUCAAUCCCAACAACAAUUUUAAAAAACGGGAUCUUCAUGACAUUGAAUAUCAAACUUCACUCACUUGCAAGAAAAACUCCUCAUCAUUGCAACUGUCAAUUGAAAAAAUGCCACAAGCGUCGAUCGGUCCACGAGGAGACGCCUCUCACGUUAGUCAGCCCGUGCGUCAGAGAAAAGGGCCAACCGCAAUCCCAAUAUCCGGCAGAAACCUUUCGAAAUGUUUGAAUCGAGUUCAACUGGCCUCAAAGUAUCACAGUCAUCGUCCGGCUGUUAAACACAGCUUCAGGACGCCCAGAAUAUCGACUGCAACAUGCCCAUCCACUUUCCGUGCACCUAUUGCGUCAUCAUGUAGAAAAAGUCUCUCUAUGGUCGAUUUAUCGCCCGCGAAAAUUGAUGCUAAUUUGCAGAUCAGGUCAGAGCGAGGUAGACCACCGACAGAAAUGGGACAAGUGGGUGAGGGAUGUUCAAAUGGCCAGAUUUUGACCGGAAGGGCUCAUAAUGAAGGAGAGGGGACUAUUAAAAGCGCUGCUAGCCUAGUUUGUCAUGCAUUAGCGGUCAAUGCUUGGAGAAGAAGGAGAGACGAGGUUGCAGAGCUUAGUGGAAGUAUUGAAAAGCUUGGUCAACAGGUCGACCAUCUGCAGCUGCAGAUCGCCGUGCUCAGGAGACUGCUGGAGACCGAGAAUAACCGGGUCGCCAAACUCAGCGGUGAAGUUCAUUGUACUAGAACACAGCUGGAUGAGGAGAUCAAACAAAAAGGACAACUCAUUGCUGAAAAAGAACAGCUGGAGAUUGAAGUACAGAGAUCCAAGCAAGUUUCGGAGAACAGAGAAAUCUUUGCGGAGAAUUUGAAGAAUGACUUGCUCUCUGUGAAGGAUCAAUUGGCAGCUUUGGAGAUUCAGAUGUCCAAGGAGCGCGAGAAACUUCUCAAACUCCAUGAGGAUAAGAAAAUCCUACUCGAGAAGGUCUCACGAAGCGAAGCUCUAGCUACUGAGCGAGGAGAGAAAGCCAAGAGAGUUGAAAAAAUAUACGAGGAGUUGCAGGGGAGGUUUGCAGUCCAAGUGGGCAUAAUUGACACUCUCCAAGGAGAUAAGCAAAAGCUCAGCAGGGAUUUGAAAAUCGCGGAGAUAGAAAAAGUAAGAUUGGAAAAGAGGCUGUCAGCGAGUGAAGAAUCUGGGAAAGCUUUAAGCCUGCGCGUUAAUGAUAUUGAGAUGCAGUUGGGAGAUAGGGAAGCUGCACUUCGAAGAAUUGAAACAGCAUAUAAUGCUCAAUUAAUUGAGCUUGAUGACCUUCGAGAGCGACUUGUGCGUCAGAGUCAAGAAAGUCGAUGGAGUAACGCAGUUCUUCAAAUUGCUGGGCGCGUUGUAAGGGCGCCGCGGGCUAUCCUGAGAACUCUCUCCUUUCUCUCUGUCACCCCCCAGCCCACUCACCCAUGAAUGCCGAGGAGAAAUGCAAAUUUUUGAAAGAAUAUUCUGUAACUCGUUUGGUAGAGUAUUUGUUAAAGUGCGGAGUUAGGUGGGGCACCCAGGGGACAACGUCGUAGGUAUGCAAACGGGUGGAUUGUUGGACGGGUGGAUUAUGAAUGAAAGAACAAAAAAUUGAAGGACGAAGGAAGUUUUUGGCUAGGGUAAAUCAAUAAAUAUUUUUUUGCUGCUUCUCA